AUGAAGUUUAUUCUUGUACGAUUAUCGCUUAUACUUUUGAUUGUUCAUCAUUCAAUUGAUAGUACUAUUUGUCGAUGGUCACCAAUUCAAUGUGGUUGCGCAUUUUAUCAACCAAUAAUACGUACUCGUAUUGUUGGUGGUAUUGAAAGUAUACCACAUUCAUGGCCAUGGAUUGUUAGUAUUCGUUUAGCUUCAACAAACUCUCCUUUUUGUGGUGGUUCACUUAUAACUAAUCGAUAUGUUCUUACAGCUGCUCAUUGUUUUUAUGAUGAAUUAAAAAAGACUGGUGGUAAAACUACUGUAGCAAUUAGAUCUAAAUAUAUUUUUGUGAUUGGUGCUCAUUAUUCAACAGAAAAAAAUACAUAUUUAAAUAGUCAUUUACGUGUAUCAGCAAAUUUAAUUAUAAUACAUCCACAAUAUGAUACAAAUACAAAAGUCAAUGAUAUUGCCCUUAUUGAAUUAAGUAGAUCAGUUGAUUUAACUGAUAAAACAAUUGGUUUUAUAUGUUUACCUAUGGCUACAUUACGUUAUCCAAAACUAUUUCCUUCAGAUCAAGCAAAUGCUGUUGCUAUUGGUUGGGGACGUAUUCGUGAAGGUUCUUUGGGUCGUGCUAGUAAUGUACUUUUACAAGUUGAAUUACCUAUUCAAUCACCUUAUAUUCGACCAUCAGAUUGUGCUGAUCAAGUCUAUGAUCCAGAAAAACAAUUUUGUGCUGGUAUAACUCAAGGUGGAAAAGAUACUUGUCAAGGAGAUAGCGGUGGACCAUUGAUGUUGACUUAUAAUCAUACAUGGCAAAUUGUUGGAAUAACUAGUUAUGGUGAAGGUUGUGCACGAGCUCGUAAACCAGGUGUAUAUACUCGUGUAAGUGUUUAUCGUGAUUGGAUCAAUUAUACAAUAAGUAAAAAUAUAUUAAAUUAUGAAACACAACUUUUUAAUAUACCAAAUAAUAUUGAUAUGAGUAAUGAUUUAGAAAUUUGGUGGGAUAGAGAAGUUGAUAGUAAUGCUGUAUGUUACAUAAUACCGAUUAUUAAUGUGUUACUUUUGUGUUUAUUAGAUUUAUUUGUUUAUAAUUAUUAUUAA